AUGGCUCAACCGCUGCAGCAGGCAGACAUCAUCUUCCCACACCUGUCAAACACCCCAAACUUCUCCACUACCCUUUCUUCCCUCAAACGCUCCGCCCUGUCCAUUACCAACCGGCUCAAUUCCAUCACAAACGACAGCAAGUUUGUCACCCGCGUGGCCGCCUCGUAUGACUUGCCCCUCGUCGCCAACGAGCGCUGUGGCAGCUGGUACAUCCCUUUAGACCUGAAGACCGCAAGCGUGUACUUCAAGAGCACGGAUGGCCACAUGGGCGAGUGGGCGUUUAGUCUACGAAGGCUGAAUCUGCAGCUCCUGGACGUGGUCAGCCAGCACGGAGGCUGUGUGAUUGUGGAUUCGACGAGGAGGGGAAAGAGCAUGCCUGAUGCUCUCAGCAAGACAGUCCCGCUCUGGUGCUGCGUUAUCAAUAGGGCAGUUUUUAGGAACAGUGAGUAUGAGCUGGAUCUCUUCACGCCUCCGACGGCUGUGUCUGAAAGCGAGCACACACAGAUGGAGCGUAGAGUCAAUGGGUUCGUGCAGCAGUUUCUGGACAUCUGUAAGCCCGAUGUUCAAGCGCUUCAGUCCAAACUUAGAAAGCCUCUCCGUCCGAUGUGGGUGACACAGGCCUCGACACUUCCCCACACUGCGCCAGACUUCCCAGACUUCCAUCCGGUGAUUCUCUGUACUGCUUCUCGUCGCGUUCAAGGCGCUGAAGCGUCGGAAGGUGGCUACAUCCAGGGCGCUGCAGACGAUCACGAAGCAUGGUCCCAUGGGCUCACUCCGCCACUGUUCUGGACCAACAAGAACGAACUCGUCCAAACGAAUGAGGAAGAUCUUCCAGCAAAGAUUGCAGAGUUGGUCGGCCAGGAUCGUGGCACUGAUGCAGUCUCGACUCUGAUCAAACCGACACAUGGUUUUUAUGUGUCUUCGAGCCAGAAUGUCGACCUCACAUCAUUUGAUAUGGUAGUGAGCUGUACACCCGAGCCUCUGCCACACAAUAUUUUGAACGAUGCAGGAGUGGGAGCGUACUUGCACCUCGCCUGCCAGAACGGCAAACUGGGAUCGCGAGACCUACGCACCCAGCUGCCUGCCUUGCGCUCGCUCGCGUCGAUGAGCAACCUUGCAAGCAAACGAAUACUGGUCUGCUGCCCAACAGGUAAAGAUCUGUCCGUUGGGACAGCGCUCGCCUACUUGUGUUUGUACGUCAACGAAGAUGGCACGAUAGACUCGAGACAAGUCCGGAAUAUCGACAAGACACUAAUCAAGCAACGGCUUAGCUGGAUCACGACCAGCAACCCAGCACUCAAUCCGAGCCGCGCAACGCUGCAAAGCGUAAACAGCGUACUGAUGUCCAGCGAGACGUCCAAGUCACCUCUCCCUACCCUCAAAGACCCAUCAAGAUACGAUUCAAACUGGAACCUCCUCCCCCCAACACCCAGCAGCCGCCCCAGCAUUCCCAGCACCGCUACCACGCACCCCAUUCCCUCCCUCUUCAUCACCCUCGCAGCGCACACCUGGUCGUUCACCCGCACCCUCACUUCUGCGCGCCCCACACACCCCUCAGGGACCGUCACCGGCCACGCAUCCUUCACCGCGACACCGCAGCCAACCACGCUGCUGUACGCCGAAUCCGGCACCUUCACCACCACCACCGGACUGCAGCUCUCCGCGCGCAGAAAGUACGUGUACGAGCUCCUCACCCCAGACGAGGGGGGUGCGCCGCGCAUUGUAGUCAGGUUCUUCGACGACGCGGCGGGGCGCCAGGACGUAGGGCCGAGCGGCGAGGGUGUGGGCGGGUUGUUCGUCGAGAUGGGUGAUCUGAACGCGGAGGGUGAGAGUGAGGACGUACUGGUGGCGAAGAACAGGGACCAGCAUCUCUGCGGAGCCGAUCUCUACGCCGCUAGCUGGCGCUUCUCCGACGGCAUGGCAGGUCGCGAGGGGGAGCCUUGGUGGGAAGCGAGAUACGAUGUCAAGGGGCCCGGCAAGGACUAUGUCAGCACCACCCGGUACGUGCGUGGGGUUCCUGGAGUGGACCACGAGUAG